CGGAAGGUGAGGAAAGCCAGCGAUAAACUACACGAUUCCGCGCGUCAUUGAUUGUUUUGUGUGCCCCCGGAUGCCGACCAGGAGGUGAAAUCCCGUCUUUUCCACUUAGUUCCGAGUUUAUCGUUUGACAGGUGCGGGCGCCGGGGGCUCGGAAGCAGGUGUGUGUCCCGGUCCUGGAGCACUUCGACACACACUACGGCGAGCAGCUCGGGCAGCGCUGGACCGCAGCCAGGGAAGUCCUCCUGCACCCACGCUCCUGGCAGCAUGGGGUCAUGUUGAACCGCUUCGCUGCCCCGCAAGAUGUCCGAGAGCAGCUUCUGUUACAGGGAUUCUCGAACCUCCUGCCCCGCAGCAGCGGCUCCUCCUUGCAGUGCUUCGUCCACCGGUCGCCCGUGCACGUUCCCUCUCAAAGGCAUCAGGCUGGACAGCUGAAGCAGUACUACCUGCUGAAUGCUGCCUCUCUGCUCCCAGUGCUGGCCCUGGAUGUGAGGGAGGGCGACAGGGUGCUGGACCUCUGUUCGGCUCCCGGGGGUAAAGCCCUGGCCAUCCUUCAGAGCGCAACCCCAGGUGUUCUUCAUUGCAAUGAACUGGAUGCUCACAGACAUGAGUGGCUCGUGAAGACUCUGGAGUCGUUUGUUCCACAAACCCUGAGUGACGUCCUCAAGGUAUCAAACUUGGAUGGACGACUCUUUGGCAAGAUAGAAGCAGGAGCAUAUGAUAAGGUGUUGCUGGAUGCCCCGUGCUCCAAUGACCGCAGCUGGCUUUUCUCAGGCCGUCCGCAGCAUGGAGCCCUGUGGCUGAGGGAGAGAGCCAAGCUCCCUGAACUGCAGAAGGACCUGCUUCGCUCAGCUCUGGAGGCAGUGGUUCCCGGCGGCCUGGUUGUAUACUCGACCUGCACCUUGUCUCGUGCAGAGAACAGCGAAGUGGUACAGGACAUCUUGUCCAGCUGUCCCAACAUAGAGCUGCAGGAACUGAAUGAGCUGGCACUCUCCUUUGCUCACCACUUUACCUUUGACCCCAACACACCCUUUGGCCUUCUGGUUGUCCCAGAUUAUGGAAGGACCUGGGGACCUAUGUUUGUGUCUAAGCUGAAAAAACUUUGUUGAAACCUAUACAAAAAUGUAUUUAUUGAUGUUCUAAAAACUUUAAAUGAUGUGAAACAAUGGUUCAUCUUCUGUUUCUCAAAGAUUUUAUGUAAUUUUAAGAAUAAAGCUUA